UCUCUUUCUCCAUUCAUCCUCUGCUUCUCAUUCUGUAACACAAUUAUUUUCCUGUUUCCAUUUCAAAAAUCUUUCUCACAUCACAUGGGAAAGCUUUACUUCCAUAUUAUCUUCCUAAUUCUUUCAAAUUCCUUCAUAGCAGAAGUGUAUUCAUCAGCCACAUUCACAUUCGUCAACAAAUGCAAGUUCACAGUGUGGCCAGGCAUUCUCUCCAACGCCGGGAUCUCUCAGCUCCCCACCACCGGCUUCGCGCUGCAGACCGGCGAAUCCAGAAUCAUCACCGCGCCGUCGGCCUGGGGCGGCCGAUUUUGGGGGCGCACGCACUGCUCCGAAGAUCCGUCCGGAAAAUUCACCUGCCUGACCGGCGAUUGCGGAUCGGGCAAGCUCGAGUGCGCCGGCGGCAACGCGGCGACGCCGGCGACGCUGGCUGAAUUCACGCUCGACGGCGACGCCGGGAAGGAUUUCUACGAUCUGAGCCUCGUCGACGGCUACAACCUCCCGAUCCUGGUCGCGCCGCAGGGCGGCAGCGGCGCGAACUGCAGCAAGGCGGAGUGCGGCGCGGAUCUGAACGGCGACUGUCCGGCGGAGCUGCGCGUGGCGAGCGCCGGCGGGGAGCGAAUCGCGUGCAGGAGCGCGUGCGACGCGUUCGGCGGCGAUCAGUACUGCUGCAGCGGCGCGUACGGCACGCCGGCCGCGUGCAGGCCGUCGCAGUACGCGCAGACGUUCAAGCGCGCGUGCCCGCAGGCGUACAGCUACGCGUACGACGACCUCACCAGCACCUUCACCUGCGCCGGCGCCGACUACAUCAUCUCCUUCUGCCCCUCGCCUAACACCAGUCAAAAGUCUUCGUCGGAAUCGACGGCGGCGGCGGGUGGCAGCAAUACGGCGUUUGACGGCAACAUGGUGUAUGAAGGUGCGUUGGAGGUGAGCUCUGCGCCGUCCACAUAUGGACACGUGGUGGGCGGAGCGGUCGCCGUCGUGGCGGCAAUGUGGCGGUUGAGCUAUCGUAACUAAAAAACACUCCACUUUUUGGGUGGGCCUGUUUCUCAAUGCGGGUUAGGAGCGGGUCAUGAUCAUGUCGGCCCAUAUCGGCUGGCCCAUGUGACGAGGAGAUGAGUCACUCGAAGGCAAAAAUUAUUGAAUGGAAUUUAUAAGAAAAGAAUGGAAAAGUAGUUUAGUUUUGGAAGGUAUCGAGCAAAGCUCUUGGGCUUAUAGUAAUAUUCUUUUUCGAGGAAUUUAUUAUUCGAAUAUGGGGGGAUAGUGAUUGGGGAGUAUUCAAUUGGCAGAGUAGAGAGGUAGUGUGUAAAAUCAAAAUAUUAUUAACAUAAUUUGUAGUGUUCAUAUUUUUUA